AUGAAACUGAGGCUCAAUGACGAUGAAAUACGACUGGUACAUGAUUUUGAGGAAGAUUGUAUGGACGAUUUGUCGAGGAAGAAAAGCCUGUCACAAGCUGAUUCACCGUUGAAAAAAGCAGCAGAGAGAUCGUACACUUGGCGAAAUGAAGAUUACACUUCGAUUACGGAUACAAUCAUGGUGCCCGAUCCAGAGCACUAUCAUAAAGGUUCUGAGCAGUCAAUCAGUUCACCGAAUCUGUCCAGGACAUCGUGUGGCAAUAGUCGGGCACUGCGGAAUUUCGAGGAGGUAAUCUGCUGUUCGAAUAAAUUAUGGUUGGAAGAUGAGAAGCCGGCACAAACUGAAGACAGGUAG